AUAUAUGAUAGCUCUGUAUUAUAGUGUCAUUACAGCUGAUGAUACGUGUUGACCACUUCUCUGAUCGGAUCGUCACAUCUGAACUCAACCAUGGGGCAAAUCGAAUGGGCUAUGUGGGCAAACGAGCAAGCAAUCGCAAGUUCAUUAAUUACAAUUCUUGGUGGAAUCAUAGGCAUUGUUGGAUUUUUCAAGAGAUGGCAGUUUGGGAUUUAUGGCGUAGCAGCAGGUGUUUUUAUUUUCUUGUUUGAAUACCCACGCAGUCUGCGAGCUAAAGGGAAAAGUUCACCCAGAAAGUGCCAGUUUCCAUUUACAGUUUUUGUCAACCUAUUUGGUCCGAUUGCAAGAAUAUAUUAUUUUCGGUUUGUCCUCUAUUUCUUAAUGUGUGUUCCACUUGUAUUUAUUUUACCAACAUUCCUUGGUGGACUUUGCCUUCUGUUCACAAGCGCACUUUAUUUUGUGGCUGCACUUAAAGGAGAGCAUUGGCAUGCGGAUCUACCACAAAAUGACAGUACUACAACUGUUGAUGCCCCAAUUACACCUGUUCCUCAAAGACGACCACCACCUCGAAGGCCUGAAGUUCCUGUUAAUCACAUGUAGCUGUAGCUUCUGCGACACCUUGGGCAAACAUUUUUAAUCCUGGCAUCAAGUUCAUAAAAAUCUUGAGAAUGAAAAUUGGUUGAUGGCUCUUUAUGUGGAAACCUCUUGAAUCUCAAAGUGAGAAUUCCUAUCUUUGGGUGAUAGAUUUAACCCAUUAGCAUUUAAAAUGGCCAAAUCCAGCCCAAAUAAUUCUACGCAUUUAAUGUUCCACCGGCCGGGUCUGUCCGCUCACAUUUACUAUGUCCUUCUAAAUAUAAAUGAUCACAUCAUUGAUAUCUCAAAGAUUAGAGAUAAUGCAUAAUUAAUUCAAAACAAUAUGAUGAUGAUGUGAAUAAACAGGUGCUAUAUUUGAGAGAGCAAUCCAAAUGCUACAAUGGUUAAACUCGCAUCAAAUUUAAGUCUGCCACUUAUCUGGCCCUUGGGUGUCUUUGAGAUCACUUCAUAUUUCCAGUCUAAGAAAACAAUUUCUCUUCUUCCAUUUGCCAAUCUCGGACCCUCUUCCUACUUCAACAAAACAAAA